AUGCCAUUAAAAAGAAAAGGUAAAGUUAAUAAGUUUGCUCGUAUGAGUGAAGAAGAACGUGUUCGUUAUAUGCAACAUCGUGCAGAAUUAGAAUUAGAAGCAAAAAGACGAAAACAACAAUUGGUAGCAAUUUUUAGUAAGAACAAACUGAAACGUGAAGAAGCUUUUUCAAGAUUAAAUACAGCAAAAAUAAAUGAACAGUGGCGAUUUAUCCUUCGUCAGAUUAAAUGUAAAGAAUUUUACGAAGAUGUAACGUAUCUUUGGAAAAACUUUGAUAGAAUGAUAAAUAAUAAGGAUAAAAUAGUACAGUUAUUGCAUGUAGAAAUAAAGAUGGCAGAUAUUGAUCAUAGAAGGUUGCAAGAAGCUCAUAUUGGAAUAAUAGAUAAAAUUAUUGAACUAUACAGGCAAAAACUUAGAACUUUAUGUGAUAAUUACAUUUGUAAAGUGCAUAGCAUUCAAGGUGAAGAAACUAUAGAAUUAAAUAAAUUGAAAAUAAAUAUGGAAAGGGCUUGUAAAGAAAUAAAAUUUAUUACUACAAAUGAGAAAAUAGAAUUGGAAAAAAUAUUAACAAAAACAAGAUCACAAAAUGCUAUUAAUAUUUGUAAUAUAAUUUCAUUGAGAAAAGAUAUGAUGUUAGAACUUCAAAACAAUAUUUCUAUUAAAAUAGAAAGUUUAUCAAAACAAUUAAAUGAGAUAAUGUUAGAAUAUAAUAGAACUACAGAAACUAAGAGAAAACAAUAUGAAUUUUUAAAAGAGCAAGAUGAUGCUAAUUUUGCUGAAAUGACCCAAUAUCCAAAAUUAAGUACACAAUUACAAAAUACAAUUAAUACUGUAAAGAAUGAAAUAGAAAAUUUAUUAGAAAAAAGGAAGUUUAGCAUUAGUGAAUUAAAAUAUCAAAUGAAAUUUAUGAAAAACAAAUCAUUGGCGAUAAAAAAAAAUUUUAGAACUAAUCAGAUUUUAGAAUCUACACAAUUAAAGAAAUUAAGUAUUGUUUGUAAUAAUGUCACAAAGGAUUUGGAAAAAAUUACUAAAAAAGGUUUUGCACUAUUAUCAUUGAUGAAGUUAUGUUCAGAAUUAGAACCUUUAUCAGUGUCUAUUAAAAUGUAUAUUUCUUCUGACAUAGAUACUGUAGAAGAAUCAACUAUGCAUUGUAUAUCUAAACCAUUUAAAAAAUUAGAAAAGUUUUGGAUGCGUUAUAAUCAUAUAAAAGUCGAAAAUAUUUUGAUGAAGAAAGAAUGUAAUAAAUUGUCAGCAGAAAACAAACACUUAAGAUAUAUAUUACGUAAUUAUCUCAUCAAUGUCUCCAGGAUGGAGACUACAUUACCAAUUACAUCAAUUGUUAUAUAA